AUGGCUUAUGAUGGGUUUCUUAUUUCUCUGCUAAGUGGUGCUGCUGCAGGUACAUCGACUGAUUUAUUGUUUUUCCCAAUUGAUACAAUAAAAACCAGGUUACAGGCAAAAGGUGGGUUUUUCUACAAUGGUGGCUACAGAGGAAUCUAUAAAGGUUUAGGUAGCGCAGUCAUUGCUAGUGCCCCAAGUGCUUCUCUAUUCUUUGUUACUUAUGAUUACAUGAAGGUAGAAUUAAAACAAAUGUUAUUAAGAUAUAAUAAAAAUAACCAAUCUGAAUGGAUAAAUACAGUGACUCAUAUGACUGCAUCUUCCUUAGGUGAAAUUUCUGCUUGUAUGGUCAGAGUUCCUGCUGAAGUUAUAAAGCAAAGAACUCAAACAUCGAUUUCUAAAAAUAACUCUACAUCUUGGCAGACUUUUAAAACAUUAUUGAAAAACGAAAAUGGUCAAGGUUUUAGAAAUAAUUUUUAUCGUGGUUGGGCAUCGACAAUUUUAAGAGAAAUUCCUUUCACUUGCAUACAAUUCCCAUUAUAUGAAUAUUUGAAGAAAGCAUGGUUAUUACAUGACAUCGAUAUACUCAGUGAGAAAUCAGAAAUGAUAUCCACUGAUUCGCUAAAUACAACUUUAUCCCCAUGGAAAGGUGCUAUUUGUGGUUCAAUCGCUGGUGGUAUUGCAGCAGCUACCACAACUCCACUAGAUGUACUAAAGACUAGAAUAAUGCUAAGUGACAAAUCCAUGGGCACGAUUAAACUGGUUCAAAAUUUGUACCACGAAGAAGGUAUGAAAGUAUUUUUUAAAGGUGUGGGCCCACGGUCUAUGUGGAUCAGUGCAGGUGGUGCGGUAUUCUUGGGUGUCUAUGAGAUCACUAGAUCUGUGUUAAUUAACACAAAGAGCCAUCAGAAACCAUUUAUUGAAUGA